GACCAUCAAUGCAAAGUUACAUCUGCAAACAGACAGACUAUGCACUUCUGAUACUUGACAGUAUUGCUCCAGAGAGGAAAAAUCCAUCUCCAGUGAUAUCAGUGACAAAUGGCUUUGUGGGAACCUUCUCUCGUGUAGCUGCCCACCCCUCCUGCUCUGCCUCUUUAUCUACACCGGCUUUCUAUUCCGUUUUACCAACCAACUCACUCACCAAAAUUUGCUUUGUGAAUUCUGUUCCCCAAGCCAUGCGUUUUUAUCUCAUUGGGAGUGAAAGGUCAUCCAAACUUCUGGCUGUGUUCUACUCUGAGCUUCAAAGCCCUCGGGUUUUCUUCCGUGGACAUUUCAUCCCAUCCACUCCAGGUCUACCAGACUCUUGGCAAGAGAGUGGGGCUAUUGGUACCAACCAUUUCAGCUUCAUGGAUAAUCUCUUGUAUAUCCUCCUCCAAGGGGAUGAGCCUGUGGAGGUGCAUUCUGCAGUUUCUAUCCAUGUAGCCUUCACAGUGACAUUAUCAAUCACCCUGGAAGGUUGGGAAAUAGACAUUCCGCAAACAUUGGCUCAUUUCUUACAGAUUGGCCAAGACUAUAUCAGAAUUGUUCAUGUAAUGCCAGGUGGUGAAUGGACCUUAAAGGCCAUUGCUGAUGGUGUGGCCAAAAGGAAACAUCACUGCCCCACAGGGAACCUUUGUACUAGUUGUCGUAGAAGGAGUCAGCAUAAAAGGCUCAUGAAAAAGAUGGAAACAUGGGUCCCACCACCAACUUAUUCAGAAACCAAUUCAAAAGUGGUGGUCAUUGAAAUUGGUGAUCUGUCAGCUAUAGGAAAUGCCAAAGUGGCUCCAUCCUUAUCCGCCAAUGCAUUGCAGUGUUUGGCUCACCAGAUUAUCACUGCUCAACAGACUGGGGAAUUGCAGGAAGCCUUGGAUAUGCCAACUGAGGCCCUGCUGAUAAGUCGAUCAGCUGGAGUAGAUACUUCUGGAAACUCAAGCAGUCUUGAUACUGAUGGUGUGAUAUAUAAACGACCAUAUACCCUUUCAAUCCAAGUUCAGCCGUCCAAUGGAGAAGUGGGAAUAGAGCUUCCAGUGCAACCACACCUCAUUUUUCUGGAUAAACAGGGUUGGGUAGUAGAAUCAUUAGGACCUCCCUCAGAGCCUUGGAUUGUGGCUGUUUCUCUGGAGGGGGCAUCAGAAACUGUAUUGAAAGGGCACACCCAUUCAGAAGCUCACCAAGGCAGAGUAAGCUUCUCCAAUCUGGCUGUCUCAAGCUCAGGAUCAAAGUGGUACUUUCUUUUCACUGUGAUAUCCCCACCAGGUGCCAAAUUUACAGUUCGAUCUGAACCAUUUGCAGUGUUUCCUGUUAACAUGGGAGAGAAAUCUACUAUCCUUAUGGCUCUUAUUUUGUGUUCAGCUGCCUCAUGGGUUGCUUUGUGCUUUCUGGUAUUUUGUUGGUUUAAGAAAAGAAAACUCAAAAAAACAAAAACUGAAGAGACUUGCAAAGCUCAGGAAGAUGACAAAAAGAAAAAUCCUCAGGUUAUAACCCAACACCAUACACAUCACACAAGGCUUCAAGGAAGCCUGGAAGAGACUGAAAAAGAGGCCACCAUGAUACAAGAACGUACGAGACAGAAGACCAUGUCAGGCAAGCUGAACCAGCUGCCUUAUCCACAGUCACCGAAUGGAUUGUCAAGAAGAACAGUCCGGACUGUGCAAAGGGAGGUGGCGAGGGGAGAAGAAAGCAUUGCCCCAGUGGAUGGCAUUGCUCACCUUCCGUCCCAAGACCACCUCCUCACUAUCGGUGCUCCUGCUCAGCAAGUAGCUAUCCAGAAAGUCAGAAAUUGGAAGGAUUCUCAAGCGCAGUUACUUGGGUAUCAACUAGCAGAACAAGAUCAACUACUGGUGUUAUAUUCUAGCUUUGAUCAAGAGGGGCAAAGGCUACAGGAGCAGAGAAAUGCUUGCAAAAAAAAUGGUGACUUGGGCCUCUACUGGGAGAGGAAAUCUUCCCAAGCAGACUCAGAGGCCUUGCACCCACAUUCACUGCAGCAAGCACCUCUUCAGGGACAAUUGUGAUCAGAUAGAAGCCUGAUCAUUUGAGUAUUAAAAUAAAACUGUUGGCAAAUUCUCCAGAUUUAGAGCAGGGACAGAGGAAAUCUGACAUAUGAGAGGAGCCUAGAAGGGAACAAUAAGCCUUCUGAAUUAUUUUGUGUGUGUGUGUCUAUAUGUGUACUUCAAAAUGGAGAGCAGGGAAUGCCUUAAACAGCUUUAUAGCUUCUCCCCUAUCCCACUAUGGCCCAACCCAUACCCAACACAAUUCUGGGCAUAUAAUGGGUACAAUAAAUACUCAGUCAAUUGAUAGACAGAUAACAUAGCAAGGAAGAAUGAACAUUUCAUCCAACAAGUCAGGAAACAUUUAUUAAAUGCCUACUAUGUGUCAUAAAAUUGGAGAAACAUUGAUUAUCAGGAGGGAUUUCUAUGAAGGCUCCUUGGGUGCUUCCCACACACAAAAAAGAAAAGAUCAAAAGAAGAAGAGAUAUGAAAGGGUCUGCUGCUGUUACAGAUGCAAGCGUAUAGGGAAACAUACUGUAAGAGUAUUUGAAGGACAGGAGAAGACUCCUAUCUAUGAUCUGCCAGAGCUAACUUUUCCAGCCCUAAGGCAGCUUCCUGUUUUGUUUUUUUAUAGGCUGAUUUUAUCUCAUGCUUAGGAUUAUCAUGAGUCCAAAGUAGUUCAAACACAUUAGGUUUGCACCUCGUGAAAAUUUGCGUGUGACAAUUGAUAUUUUCAUGAGUUUCCCUCAGAUUUUGGGAAAGAGAAAAGAAACAGAGAUAGCAAGAGGUGGGGAGAUAAUCAUCCCUGGACUAACAUGUGUUUGUUUGAUCAACACUGUCAAUAAUAGGUCAAAUCCACAACUGGAAGAGAGAAGCGUGAAGAACAUCAGGAAACUUUAGAAAAGAUCAGGAGACAGAGUUGUCUGUUGGUUGGUUCCUCACUCGGAGUCUUCUUCCUUGAACAUUAUAACCCCAUAUAUCAAAAACCUGUGUGAAAUAGAUGCAAGAUGAAAUAGAGCAGACAACAUAAAUUCAUGCAUUCUUUAUAGAAAUAGAUUUUAUUGACAUCUUUUGU